AUGUCCCGGGAUACCUUCGCUUUCACCUCGGCCUCCCUUCGAUCUCUCAGGCUGGAGAGGGAGGUGCAAGAGUGGGAGGACCAGCGGCGGGCCCUCGCCCAGAGGCGGGCCCUGGCGCGGAGGCCGCUGUCCGUCGCCGCGGCGACCAGGACCCCCCCACGCAAGCAAGGGAAGAUCCAGGAGGUCCGGGCCCCGCCCCCUCAGCUCAGGUGCAGGGACCCGGCCGUCCACAACACCUUCAUGUGCGGGGACAUGCGGGGGGUGUACGCAGUGCUUAAAGAGCCGGGCAUGGUGAACGCUUUGAUGGAGACGGUGCAUGAAGAGAUGGUGUGGACUCCAGAGAUGGGUAUGUGGACCCUCUCCUCCAAAGUGAAGCAGACGUCCGCGCUGCGUCUGGCAGCCAGUAGGGGGCACUCUGCCUGCGUGGAGGAGCUGCUGUUUCGGGGGGCCGAGGUGGACGACGACCCCGGGGGUCGGACGGCGCUGCACGACGCCUGUUCGGGAGGACACCACGUUUGCGUACGACUGCUCCUCGACCACGGAGCCGACCCCAAUGUCCUGGCCGCCGACGGCAACGCGCCCCUUCACCUCUGCAACGUCGCCGACACGUACCAGUGUGCGGAGCUGUUGGUAACAGGAGGAGCGGAGGUGAACGUGUGCUCGCGGGAGUCCCGUCUGACCCCUCUCCACGUGGUGUGCCGUCGCGGCCUGGAGGAGCACGUCGAACUCCUGCUGUCUCACGGAGGAGACGUGCACGCCCAAAACCGGGAAGGUGAGACGCCCCUCAACGCGGCCUGCGCGGGUGCGGAGAGGCCCUCCGAAGCCGGACGGUACCUCCGCGUGGUGCAGAAGCUUCUGGAAGCCGGAGCCGACGCCCGCACGGCGGGCAGAAAGCAGCAUACGGCCCUGCACAAUGCCUGCCUGAACUGCAGCCCGCGUAUUGUAGAGCUGCUGCUGCAGCAAGGUGCCUGCCCAGACGCGGCCAACUGUUUAGGAUAUACCCCUAUGGACUGUCUUCUACAGGUGGUGGAAGACUACCCCGACCAACAGCCAGACGAGGUGGCACGUUCCCUUUUGAACCACGGAGCACAACCCCCACCUCCAAAGAUGCUGAAGCACUGCAUCUUGUCUCCAGCUACCCUGGAGGUUCUGAUUAACUGCUACGAAGUCGUACCAGCAUGUGACAACUGGUUAGAUGAAAUCCAAGCCGAUCUACAUAAGGAGUAUCGGUCUUUCUUUGAUUCGUUACGAAGAAUGAGCGGCCAACCACGUUCUCUACAGCACUUGUGUCGCUGUUCACUGCGACGCCACUUGGGGUCGCUGUGUCAUUUUACUUUUAACAAGCUAGAUAUCCCUAGCUCGUUGCAAGCCUACCUGUUGUUACGUCCAACCGGACAGCUGCAGUGA